AGGUUGUAGCUUGUAGCCUUGUAGGUAAGGAAAGGAAAGAUGUGACAUGUGGUUUGUGGAUGUGAUUGAGAUUGUCUGUUUUGAAAUAAUAAUUGAUAUAAAGUUUUGACAAGUAAUGUCAAUAUAGGGCUAAUAUUAUAUUGAACUGUGUGAUUGAAGUAAUUAAUGAAAGUGCAUAUAAAUAAUAUAGUGAUUGUGAUGAAUAUACUUAGGAAAUAAGUAAACAACAAUUUACGGUAACAAAUAUUUAAGGUUAUGGUCGUCCUAUCCUGUGAAAAAACAUUGUAAAAAUAAAUCAUGGAUCUCCGAAUAAUUGAUGAUUAUUCAAGCAGCUCUGAUGAGGACAUUAUUGAGUUUUUAAUAAUGACUUUACCUAACGCAAAACAGUAUAGAAUAAGACUAGAUGUAUUUAACUAUUUCAGUGAUGAAGAAUUCAAAGAAAGGUACAGAUUUUGUAAGGAAACUGUCAUUUUUAUUUCGGAAAAAAUAGGAGUUCAGGUAAUUAAUGAUAAUAGGGGGAAACCACUUGAUAAAUUAGAACAAAUUCUUAUUGUUUUAAGGUUUUACACAACCGGUAGUUUUCAGAAUGUUGUUGCUGAUUUUAUAAAAGUACAUAAAAGCACUGUAUGUAGGAUCAUCAGGAGAAUUUCACAAAAAUUGGCAGCAUUGCAUCCCAGAUUCAUAAAAAUGCCACAAAACCAUGAACUAAAUCAGGAAAAACAUAACUUUUUCAGAGUUGGAAAUUUUCCGGAUGUAAUUGGCUGUGUGGACUGUACCCACAUCAAAAUCAAAUCUCCAGGGGGGCCAGAUAGUAAAUUGUAUAAAAAUAAGGAAGGUUUCUUUUCUAUUAAUGUUCAAGCAAUAUGCAAUUCAUCACUGGCCUUUGCGGAGAUGACGGCUCAUUGGAAAGGUUCAAUCCCUAGCAGUACAAUCUUCAACUCAUCAGCAAUCAGAUUGAAAUUUGAAAAGGGUGAGUUUCCAAAUUGCUUUUUGUUGGGAGACUCUGGAUACCCAUGUCAGAGUUAUUUGUUAACACCAGUUCUCAACCCGCAAACUGAAGCAGAGUGCCGUUAUAAUAUAGCUCACAACAAGACAAGGAACUGCAUCGAACGAACAUUUGAAGUGUGGAAGAGGAGAUUUUCGUGUUUAUCCCUAGGCUUGAGAACUCGACUUGAAACAACGUUAGAUAUCAUAAUUGCGACUGCUGUACUCCAUAAUAUUGCCAUUCAAAAAAAUGAUGAGUACGAAUUUGAUGGCGAUAAUAUUUCACCAGUGCAAGAAGCAGGAUCGUUUCAACCCAUAGCAGCAGCUGAUGAAAUCAAUGAAACCCCUAACAGUCAAUUUGCUGCUCGAAAUCAUAUUAUUCAGACAUCUUUCAACUAAUAGUUCACUUACCGUUUAUUAUCAUUGUUUCUUCAAAAUUUGUAUUUCAAAGUGUUCGAGUACCUACCAACCGGUAUGUAGAAUUUCUAACUAAAGCGGCGUUUACCUUAUUCAAUAUUCCUUGAAUUCAAAUUUUCUCAUCGUUUAAGAAAAUGAACGAUUUCUGCAAAUUUAAAUUCAAGUUUUCAUAUCCCCAAUAGUAUACAGGUAGUCCCAAGAAAGAUGUAAUAGCCAAAGAACAUAGGCCUACAUUCUACAUAAAAUUUGCGACAAAAAAUUCCCAGUAAAAUUUUCUCUUAUUGACCUUAGUGUUCAAAAUAUAUAUAACAAUUUUUCUAUUACUUUUUUAAAUCUCAAUUUAAUAAUUAAUUUGAUUAACUUAAUCGUAACUUGAAAACUAUCAGUCAAGUUUUAUUAUCAACCUAUUUAAAUUAAAAAAAUGUUGAUUGUCAGAUUAAUAUAUAUGUGUAAAUUAAUAUGGACAUAACCUUCAUAAUAUUUAGACGAUUUGAGGCAAAAUUGAGAAAUAUAAGUUUUGGUCAUAGAAUUUGUUCUUUUCUUUGACGUUUUUUAACUUUUAAUCAGCACUUAGAGUUGCAAAACUUUAUUACAUUCGUUUAGUUCAAAAAUAAAUUUCAAACAAUUAAAACGCUUAUAAAAACGGCAAAGAAAGUAAAAAAUUAUAUGAAUCUUUCAGAAAUUUCUUCCUCUUUCCAACCUUAUACUUGGAAUUAUUUUUUGACUGAUAGUGCGGGUUGCACGAACCCGGUUAAAUUUUUAUCGUGAUUAAUUCCACGAGAACCAAUUAGAAAAGCCUUCUCUGAUUGGUUCCUGUGAAAUCGAUCACAGUUAAAAUUUAACCGGCUUUUGUGCAACCGAGCCAUAGUUUUCUAGACGUUUUUCAAAAAUCUCGAAAACUAAGGUUGAUAUAAAAAAUUUUACUGUGCAUUUUUUAUAACAAAUUUAAUUUAGAAUCUAUGGUCUUUGGUUGCUACACCUUUCGUGUGACAUUGUAUAAUUAUAAAGUAAAAAAUCCAUAAUGGAUCCCAUAGUUUUCAUAGGUUUUCAUUUAGUUGCUUUUAUACUUAAAAUAUAUUUUAUAUUUAAAAUAUAUUUUAAUUUUAUAUUUAAAAUUGAUUAUAGUUUUAUCUCAUUUACCUAUUCAUUUGUACAUUAUAUUGUACCUCCAAGAUUCAA